AUGGCCGAAGAACUAACAUUCAAAGAGAAGAAGAUACAUGAACGAAAAGAAGAGCAUUUAACAACUGCUAAAUUUUGUAUUAAUGGUUUCUUUUUGUUUUGGUACGGGUGGUCUGCCAUUGCAUCUCAUUUGCCUGGAAGGACCGACAACGAAAUCAAGAACUACUGGAACACCCACAUUAGAAAAAUGCUUCUCCGAAGGGGAAUCGAUCCGGUCACUCACAUUCCUCUUCUAAGCUCAUCUCACAUCAAUUUGUUCGGUGUCCAAUCCCGCCAAGUUAAUCCAGAAUUGCUAAGGCUGGACAAUAAUAUUUCUCUUCUAUUGUCUGAACACGAAAAUCAGAACUUUCAUUUCCAAGGUGAUCAAGAAAAUCAAUAUGGCAAUGCCCCAGUACUCCAAAACCAAUUGGUUCAACUUCUUCAGACACCCAUUCUUGCGGCUUGUACCACAUUAAGCUCAUCUUAUAUACCAUUUUCUAAUGUUACCCAACUACUCAUGGAACCCAAUUUGGAGCAACUUUCAUCUACUAUUACAAACCUCACAGCCUCAUCGUCUCGCAGAUCCUCGCCCUCGCCCUCGCCGUCUCACAGAUCCUCGCCAUCUCACACAGCCUCACUGUCUCAGAGAUCCUCGCCGUCGCCGUCUCAGAGAUCCUCGUCGUCGCCGUCGCAGAGAUCCUCGCCCUCUCCGUCUCACAGCCUGGCCGUCUUAAACCCACCACCACAAUGACUUUGUAUGUAAAAUUCAUUUCUGUUUCGAAUUUUGCUGGGAUGCCGAAGUGAAAAUAGUCACCACACCUCUGGCAUGUGACCCCAUAAUGAGCACCGUACGGGAACAUGAUUUGAAUCUUACUGCCGCAUCCACAGGUGACAGGGAGAAGAGUCGGGUUGAAGGCAGCGAGA